AUGCGUGUGAGACAUCUCCAGACACACCUUGCUGACCAGGGCCUGGUAAACUCUGGGAAAUUGAAUGAGCUUAAGAAUGUACAUGUGGGUGUGGAUGCAGUGUUCUGGCUGCGAUCCAUACAGGCUUUAAAGGAUCCCUUUGCGGAUGCCUUGGGUGGCAUACCCCCAGGCAUCUUUGGCUUCGUGGACAAGGAGCUUGAGAGCUUCAAAGACUGGGGAAUCACUCCGCUCUUUGUGUUUCAGGGUGUAGCUCCGGGACCCCAGCACUCCAUGUUUGUCAGCCGCAUGGAUCAGCAAAUGGACAUGGCUUGGAAUUACCUGGCCUCCGGAGACAAGUCAGCGGCGCAGAAAUGCUUCGCCGUUUCGACCAGUCGAAUCAAUGGUGACUUUGUCUAUUUCAUUUUCCAUCAUCUUCGGCAGAAAGGCUAUGAGUGCCUUCAAGCGCCAUACUUUGCGGGCGCUCAGCUCGCGCACUUUGCGGAGCAAGGCAUUGUUCAGACCGUGUUUGGACCUCCCGGCCUGCUCCUUUACGGUGUGAAGUCGGUGGUGAUCCACCUCAACUUUGGCCAGCAAUCCUUUGAUUGGGUGGACUUAGAUGGUGUGCUGUCAAAGUGGCAGCUUUCAUGGGACGAGUUUGUGGAUGCAUGCAUGCUUGCCGGCACAGAGUACUGCCUGACCUACCCUUAUCUCAAUCUGAGCCCCUUUGGUGGCCCGUCAGUUGUCCAGCAGGGCCAGCGAUUCAACUUUGACGCUGCCGUGUACAUCAUCAGGCAGGCUCCGCUGAUCAACUGGAUGCAAACCUUUCCCACAGAGGAGAUGAAGAGCGACCAUGUGGAUGGAUAUUGCAUUUGCAAAGUCCUCGUUCAAAACUCCCCAGUCUUGCAUCUCCAGGAUCAUGCCAUUCGACCUUUGGGGGCUUCAAAGCCAGGUGGGCCACCACCAUCAGUGCCUAUCGACUUCUCGUCCAUCAUGGGGCAGAAGCUGCCACCCAGCCUCUACUAUCUCAUGUUGCACGGGAUCAUAUCCCACAAGCUUCCGCAAGCCCUUGCCAAGGGAGAGUGGACGGACAAGUCGCAGCCGCUCAUUGACACCAACGAAUUCCGAGCGCUGCUCACUGACUUACAGGAUUACCGCAGGACGUCUCUAGGGCUGAUUGCUCAGCACCUGCACAAGAGCUUCCAAAGCAAAGCCAUCCUGUGCAAGGCCUACUGGGAGCCCAGCAACAUCCGGCAAGCACUCGGAACUGAUGCGCACCUCCCUCCGGAUGCUCGGAUCAUCCAGCCCGACAUCCAGCAAGGGCUUCGAUGGAAGAUCACGGUCAAAUCCGUGAAGGCUGAGAUGGCGCGUCAGCAAGUGGACAAGGUGGAUUUCAAAUUUUGCCUGAACUGGCAUGCCCGUGAGUUUGAGCAAGAUGGCCCUCUAAUGCAAGGCAUCAAGGAGCCCCAGCCGCCCUCUUUUGAUGACUACCUCCACUCCUUGACUGCACUUGUGCACUUCAUUGUCCUGGAGAAGCUGGACCUCAUCUCGGCCGAGGAUGGUGGCGCCACUGUCUUGAGUGACGUGCUGAAGGACACGCCAAGGAACCUGACAGAACCAUGUCUUACAGCGCUGGAGCUCAUGAAGUAUGGCCAGCUUAAUGGGGAGCCAUUUGAAGCAGCACACACCGAUAAGCCCUUUCCGAAUGAGGUGAAGUAUCCAGUCUCUAGUCAGUUUCAGAGUCCAGCUGAGAAGGACAGGGUUUGUGGAAUGCUGCUGCUAUGUCGCGUCAUGUCCCUGGUGCCCAUGAAGCUCAAAAACAUCAUGUGGGACUCCGACGUAGAUUUUGACUUGGCGGCUUUCCAUGCAUUAGUUCGAGUCCUGAAACGGACUCUUCGCCAGUUGGUUGAAGGAGCUUUGGCAUCUGUUCUCCUGAAAGACUUGUCGAGGGUCAAGCUGUUGCCGAAAGGCUUCAUGUGCGCGUCCCCAGUUCACAAGGAAGCAUACCCACAAGUUCCAGCUGAGCUACCAACCUUCAUGCUUCCCCGAGCAUGUAUGGGCAUCGUAGUGCGGUACUUCUUGGAGUACCAGAAGGAUGCGGAUAGAUUCGCUGAUGAUGUGGGGAAGCGCUUCCCUUGCUGUGCGCAGCCCGUGGAAGAUCUGAAACUUGCGUUCACCUUCUGGCACGACCUGCGACGCUGCGUGGACACCAUCGCAGAGACGCUUGGUGCUGAGGAGUUAAGCGAGGACAUGCGGAAAGCAAGUGGCAUCCUCGAGGAGCAGAAGAGAAGGCUUGGAUUUGCGUGA